AUGGAAGACAACGGGCGGCCCAUCAAGGGGAGGAUUUACGUGUCUCCGCAAGGCAUCAACGCGCAGUUCUCGGGCAAGUACGGCCCCUGCAAGGCGUACAUGGACUUCGUGCAGCAGCAGCCCGGGUUCGCCAGCGUGUCCUGGGGCUGGGAGCGCGUGACGGGCCACAUGUACCCCCGCCUGCGCCUCCAGACGAAACCCGCGCUCGUCAGCAUGUCCGGCGGCACGCUGCAGUACGAGCUGCACGACCAGGCCGCCCGCUGCGACCACCUCGAGCCCGAGCAGUGGAAGUCCAUGAUCAAGCUCGCCAGAACCCUCAAGACGAAGGACCAGGCCGGCGCGGCGGCGGCGGCGCCCCCGAGCGAAGUCGACGUCGGCGCGCUGCCGGAGGACAUCCGCGAGCGCGCCGCGCGGGGGGACCUGCGCGACAUCGUCGUGCUGGACCUGCGCAACGACUACGAGUGGGACGUCGGGCACUUCGAGGGCGCCGAGCGCCCGCGCGAGACCGAGUUCCGGGAAACGCCGACGGAGGGACAGGUGCCGGCGUACAUGGAGGGGGUGGACCGGGACACCCCCGUAGUGAUGUAUUGCACGGGGGGCAUCCGGUGCGACAUUUACUCGGCGUACCUGCGCGAGAAGGGCUACGACAACGUGUACGCGCUAAAGGGGGGUGUGCAUGGGUACUUCCGCGAGCAGGGCGGCGAGGGGUGGAACGGCAGUCUCUUCGUGUUCGACGGGCGCAUGGCGGUGCCCGCGGCCAAGCCCGACGAUGCAGAGGCGAUGCUGGCGGCGCAGAGCGCCGCGGACGACACGCAGGACGUCAGCAGCCCGUACGCCGCGCUCCCGGCGGCGGUGCCGUGCCAGAUCUGCGGCGGGGAGCGCUCGAACGGCGCGAUGGCCGAGGCCCCGCCGAUCAACUGCGCAAACAUCGACUGCAACAAACUCGUGCUUGCCUGCCGCGCGUGCAAGGAACACCUCAAGUGCUGCUGCUCGGAGAACUGCCUGCACAACGCCCCGAGGAUGGUGCGGCCGGCGAAGCCGACGGGCGGGAACUACGGCAAGUGGUCGCGGUACGCGGAGAGCGACGCGGUCGUGACCGCGGGCGGCAUCAAGUCGCAGGAGGCUCGGGCGCGCGCCGCUGCGUCGGGCAUGGGCCCCCUGGCCGGCGCGCGCGGGCGGGAGCCCCAGGCGAACGCGUGA